UGACAGAUGGCGAGUCCUCCUUCCCCAGAGAGACAAAUCUCCCUGAAUGCAAGCGCAUGUCAAUCAUUAGCUCUCAUGUGAUAGCUCUCGCGCAUGACGUGCCAACCAUAUGGCACUGGCAGCAGAGCUGGUACCCCCUUUGCUGGGUAGAGAUGCCACUCUCGCCUCCUUUUGGAUAGAGGACUGCAGGAGGCUGGGAGCACCUCAAGGAGCCACGUCCCAGUCCCAGAAGAUGCUGGGAACAAUGAAAUAGGAAUUCCUGCGGUCCGCCCGAAGCCACCAUGUUGACGCGACUUUUCAGCGAGCCCAGCCUGGUCCCCGAGGUCCCGAAAUUCGCCGGUUGGGCCGAGGAGUGCGAGGAGGAUGCGCGGAGCGAGAAGGAAGAACGGGCAGGGAAGGGCUGCCCUCCCCCCGAGGAACCGCCCGAGGGGUCGCUGGGGGAAAGCAAAGAGGAAGGGGAGUUAGGAGGGGACGAGGAGGAAGAGGAGGAGGAGGAGGAAGGCCUGGAGGAAGCGGAAGGCGAACGACCCAAGAAGCGGGGUCCCAAAAAACGCAAGAUGACCAAGGCGCGGCUGGAGCGGUCCAAGCUGCGGCGGCAGAAGGCGAACGCCCGGGAGCGGAACCGAAUGCACGAUCUGAACGCGGCCCUGGACAACCUGCGCAAAGUGGUUCCUUGUUACUCCAAAACCCAAAAGCUCUCCAAAAUCGAGACCCUUCGCUUGGCCAAGAACUACAUCUGGGCUCUCUCCGAGAUCCUACGCUCGGGCAAACGACCCGACCUGGUCUCCUACGUGCAGACUCUGUGCAAGGGGCUCUCCCAGCCCACCACCAACCUGGUGGCCGGCUGCCUCCAGCUCAACUCCCGCAAUUUCCUCACGGAGCAAGGCCAAGAAGGGGGCCGCUUUCACGGUCCCAACGCUUCCUUCGCCGUUCACCCUUACCCGUACCCCUGCUCGCGGCUGGCCGCGGCGCAGUGCCCACCCGCCGCCGGGCCCGGUGCCCACGGGUUGAGGACACACAGCUACUGCUCGUCCGCCUACGAGAGCAUCUACGGCAACGCCUCCCCCGAUUACAACAGCUCGGAGUACGACGGGGGGCUCAGCCCCCCUCUCUGCAUCAACGGCAACUUCUCCCUCAAGCAGGACUCUUCUUCCCCCGACCACGACAAAAGCUACCACUACUCUAUGCACUACUCGGCGCUGCCCGGUUCCCGCCCCACCGGCCACAACCUGGUCUUCGGUUCGGCGGGGGUACGCGGGGGGGUCCACUCCGAGAACAUCUUCCCCUACGACAUGCACCUCCCGCAUGAGCGGGGCCCUAUGUACGAGGAGCUCAACGCCUUCUUCCACAACUGACCCCCCCCCUCCUCCUCAUCCCAUCAUCACCACCCCCACCCCUGAACACUUCCCCUCCCUUCCCCCCCCCCACGACCCAUCCCCGAGGCGCGGGGAGAUGGGGGGGAGGGGGGGAACACACACACACGGGAUGGGGACACACACACACACACAAACACACACCCGCGGACCGGCCCCCGAGGGCUCCGCCGUGGGCUUUGGUGCAAUAUGGGGACCCGGCCCCGGCGGCGGGUCCCUGCGCCCCGUGGGGACAAAGUGCUUUUUUGGGAGGAUUUCCCCUUUUCCUUAAAUUCUGAUGAUUAUGAGGAGUUAGUUCGCUCAUUUGUCGUCGUUUGGUAGUUCAUUUAUCGCAGGUUCUUAUUUAUUUAGCUACUUUUUUUGAUACGAUCGUUAUUAUUAAUAAUUUAGGUAAUAAUUUAUUGCCACUCUUACUGCUUUUUCUGGCUUUCUUCUUCUUUCCUUCUUUUUUUUUUUAACCUUAUUUUUUUCCCCUUCAUUUUUCUUAUUCCUUUUCUCCUUUUUCUUUUUUUCCCCUUUGCCCCCUCCUUUUUUUCUUCUUUUCUUCUUCCUUUUCUUUUCUUUUUUCCUUCUUUUAUUAUUUUUCUUCUUCCUUUUCCAUUUUUUUCCUUCCCCCCUUCUUUUUCCUUCUUUUCUUCUUCCUCGUCUUUUUAUUUUGUUUUUUUCCUUUUUUCCCCUUCUUUUUUCUUUUUUCCCUUUUCUUUUUAUUUUGCUCCUUUUUUUCCUUCUUUUUACUCUUUCUGCCCCCUUUUCUUUUUAUUUUGUUAUUUUUUCCCUUCUUUUUUCUUCUUUUUUCCUUCCUUUUCUUCUCCCUUUUCUUUUAAUUGUGUUCUUU